AACGGCAAUGAACAUUACCCCGUCGCCCUCAAUGGUGCUCAAUAUGGCAACAUGAACCGGCAGAGCAGUCACUGUGGUUAAGAUAACGAUGUAACCAACAAGCAGAACAGCAAGACUCAGUAGGCCAAGGUCGUCGACACUUGCCCGCCUUGCGACUGGGGCUCGCUCGACCUCUCUGCUACCAAUUUGCAGAGCUUCACGAUGGUAACGUGAACGUGGGGUGAGUGAACGUCAUCGACACUUGCGCUUGAGUCAUCUUCCAGGCUUGAUAAAUGCAUUCAGUGCUGGUAUCCUGCGUCUACUUGCCUUCCCGUGUCUUCCCUAUCUCAUGGCACUAAUUUCGCUCGGUCAGAGCCGUCAUCAAGUGCCUCACCGACUGAAUUGCGCAGCGCGCGAGGCUCAGCGUCAUCGGAAUCACAAUUGUACCCCCGCAGUCGCAACAGCAAUAGUAACAGCAAGUCCAAAAGGCCCGCAUAGACAGGUCCUGACUAUAUCAUUUACCAUCUGCUUUGUCCUGCACUCUUUGUAUCAUACAAGAAUAGAAUCAUUCUGCGUUUCCCCAUCAUUCAUAUGUUCGCUUGUUGGUUCCCAGCCUCACUCGCUUUCACCCUUUCUCACGGAACACAACGAGCAAAGAACAAUUCUGAAAUUGAUGAAGCUGGACGCCUCACGCUUGCACACGCGAACACCUGCGCUUCCGCGUGCAGCUCGAAUAUAUAUGCAUAUCCCAAACGAGCCGCGAAUGGCCGCCGCAAGGCAACAAUUUAUCGACGCGUGUCGGGCGAUGGGAGCAAGCGCUGCCUUCAUGCUUUUUAAAGUUCCUGUAAUAGGCAAAUUUGAAUGACAAGUGUGUGACAAGCAACAAACCCGAUGAGGGUGUCCUUAGGUGUCACUCAAAAUUCGUUGUCGCGUGCCGUCGUUCACACGCCUGUAAGCUGUGUCGUGC